CUGUUGUGUCCUGCCGCUUGAGCAGGUUUAACGCAGGCAGGUGCUGUCUGGCUAUUUAACCGCGGGUCGGUGGAUUCAUUCCGCUCUGAAACUGGCUACUGAACACACGAAAUCUCCAGUAAUGCGAUGCCAAGGCAGCUUGUUGAACUCCAGAAGAGCGCUGUCUGAUCCGACGGAGCUUCUUCAAUUCGGCUUCUCACUUCUUUACUUUUCACUUGAUGACAAUUUCUCUGGGGUUGUGCCAGGCGCGUCUUUCCCUCUCUGCCUUUCACAUCUGUCGCACUGAAAGUUAGAUUUUAUUUUAUUUUUAAAGUGGAAAUGAAUAACACCGGGUUCAACCAAACGGAGGGCGGACUGCUCAACAAGACGGAGGAGUUUUUCUGCUGCAACUUUUCAUCCGUGGUGACUGAUAACGGCUUUGUGGCCGCCGCUCCGGAUGAGAGAAGCCUCUUCAUCAUGAGGGUGGUCCAGAUUGCCGUCAUGUGCGUUUUGUCCCUCACGGUGGUGUUUGGCAUAUUUUUCUUGGGUUGCAACCUUCUCAUAAAGUCAGAGGGAAUGAUCAACUUUCUAGUAACGGACAGGAGACCGUCUAAAGAAGCGGAGGCAGUUAUUGUUGGAGCCUACUGAGGACCUUUAUAUUAUAAUUUGAAUCAGAUCAGAAGUCUGGCGGAGACAGAUGGGAGACAAUGCGAUGAUGAACUGCCUGAACAAGCCCUUGUUUUCAUAUUGGUAGCCUAUUUAGAAAAUCCUCAGAAAAAUAGUGCCCAUGCGGGAGGUAACUGGUGACUGAAGCUCACAGGUGUUCAACCUUAUUUCUUGUGGCUUUUUUUAAUGCCAACAAAGACUCAUUCAUCUCCAAGAGGUAUAGAGCUUUUCAGGCCUCUUUGUUUAUAAAGUAUUCAAUCAAGCACUGUUGUAAUUUCAGUAGUUGGAGCACCGUUUGUCAAGCAGCAUCCUUUGUCAUGGACAAGGCAAAGUCCUCGUAUUAGCUGCUUAAAACUACCCUCUUAUAUUGCUAAUGCAAUGAAGAAAUUAAUGUUUAACAUGAACUGUAUAUGUUGUAUGUGUUUUUGCAUACAAUGUGCAAUAUAUUAAUCCGUGUAUAUCUCUGGAUUUCCUAGUGAUAACUGUAUGCGUGUCUGCGUGGGCCGUGAUGAAAGCCCAACAUGCCAUGUAUCUUGUUAAUUGGAAUAAAUUCAUUCUGUAAUUAAA